AUGCGUUGGACUGUAUUUUUACUUAGGGGUAUUGUGGGCUUCCUCUGGAGCAGCUGGGUUCAAGUGGGUUGUGCAAAAGGAGGUUUGGGAGACAAUCAUGUUCACUCCAGUUUUAUUUAUAGAAGACUGCGGAACCAUGAAAGACGGGAAAUACAGAGGGAAAUUCUCUCUAUUUUGGGUUUGCCUCACAGACCCAGGCCGUUCUCACCUGGAAAACAGGCAUCUUCUGCACCCCUCUUUAUGCUGGAUCUGUACAAUGCCAUGGCCAGCGAGGAGAAUCCUGAAGAGUCGGAAUACUUGGUGAGGGUAUCCCUGGCAGGAGAGGCCAAGGAGGCAAGAAAGGGGUACCCAGCCUCUCCCAAUGGGUAUGCUCACCGUGUGCAGUUAUCUCCAAGGAUUCCUCUCACUACCCAGAGCCCCCCUCUCGCCAGCCUACACGAUACCAACUUUCUGAACGAUGCUGACAUGGUCAUGAGCUUUGUCAAUUUAGUUGAAAGAGACAAGGACUUUUCUCAUCAGAGAAGGCAUUACAAGGAAUUUCGGUUUGAUCUGACCCAGAUUCCACACGGAGAAGCAGUGACAGCGGCUGAAUUCCGGAUCUAUAAGGACAAAAGCCACCAUCGAUUUGAAAAUGAAACAAUUAAGAUUAGCAUCUAUCAGAUCAUCAAGGAAUACACAAAUAGGGAUGCAGAUCUUUUCCUGUUGGACACGAGGAAGACACAAGCUUUGGAUGUGGGUUGGCUUGUCUUCGAUAUCACUGUGACCAGCAACCAUUGGGUGAUUAACCCACAGAAUAAUUUGGGUUUACAGCUCUGUGCAGAGACGGGGGAUGGACGCAGCAUUAAUGUAAAAUCUGCUGGCCUUGUGGGAAGACAUGGACCUCAGUCAAAACAGCCGUUCAUGGUGGCCUUCUUCAAGGCAAGUGAGGUACUUCUUCGAUCCGUGAGAGCAGCCAGCAAACGGAAAAAUCAAAACCGCAAUAAAUCCAGCUCUCAACAGGACCCCUCCAGGAUGCCCAGUGCUGGAGAUUAUAAUACCAGUGAACAAAAACAAGCCUGCAAGAAGCAUGAACUCUAUGUGAGUUUCCGGGAUCUGGGAUGGCAGGAUUGGAUUAUAGCACCCGAAGGGUAUGCUGCAUUUUAUUGUGAUGGAGAAUGUUCUUUUCCACUUAAUGCUCAUAUGAAUGCCACCAACCAUGCCAUAGUCCAGACCCUGGUACACCUGAUGUUUCCUGACCACGUUCCCAAACCUUGUUGUGCUCCAACCAAACUAAAUGCUAUCUCUGUUCUGUACUUUGAUGAUAGCUCCAAUGUCAUUCUGAAGAAAUACAGAAACAUGGUAGUACGUUCUUGUGGCUGCCACUAGAACUGACUGUGGUAAUAACAAAACUGAUCUGUAUUAUUUUCAUGACUGCAAUAAAAAAGCAGAUAAAUGGAGACUUUCUUAAAAUCUGCCCAGGCCAUUUCAUCUCUCUAUGUAUAAUAUUAUGUAUAUACACUUUUUAUUUAUUUAAAAAUAUGUAUUCUCUUUUGGUUGCCUUACCAGUAAAAUCUGUUUUAAAGGUUCCUAUAUUAUAUAACAGAUUCCUACUCUAACUUUUGAUGGGGUGUGCUGAGUCCAGCUUAAUUCUAUGUCAACAUUUUCCCCAAUACUAUUAUAAAUAGUUUUCUGAUAUUAAGUAGAACUCCUUUGACAGUUUAAUGUUGUUGAAGGGAAAUGAAUACAUUUGGUUAUAUUGCACCAAUGAAAACUAAAAUAGAAUAUUUAGAAAUAAAAUUUUAAAAACUAGCAACCCAAACUAAAAAAAACAAAAAAACAUUGCUUGGCUAAAUGAAUAUUUUCUUUUAGCACUUAUGCUUUAUUGGCUAAAGUAAAAUGUUGAACUGGGUUUGAAUAAAUAGACGGUAGGCAGGACACAGGAGCUGCAGGACUGCAUAAUUGUUCGAACUGUUCUCAUUAAUGCAAUUGGUGUAAUUCUAAGAGCAUUGCUGCUUGUUGCUUCUGGGUUGCAGGUUUUUUUUUUCUUUGCAAGAAGGUCAAAGCUUCAGAAAUUCUCUUGGCACAGGCUUGAGUCUAUGUCCACAAGUUUUCAAACUAAAAAGUUUCCAACACUAAAAAGCACAGUACAACCUUACCUCAGAUGAAUCGUACCUGACCAUUGUCUAGAACACUGCUGCUACAGUGUUGUUUUUUCCUUGUUUAAAACUUAGUCCAAAGUAAAGAAAUAUUUGCAUGUACUCCAUUUCCCUUCCCAUAGACAGGAUUAACUUCAUGCAUAAAAUGUGUUGGAAUGGAUGAUGCCAACAGAGACAUUCCUGUUCACUCGCCUUUAUAAUAGACUUUGCUGGUUGAUGUGAUGCAAAGGAUUUUAUUUAGGGUGAAACCAUUGAAAUUAAACUGAAGGAAAAAAUAAAUCACUGAAUGGCUUUGACGGAAUUGCCGUUUUAAAGCAGCUAAAAGCUAUUUUUCAUAUUUUUGAGAAUAAGUUCAGUUGCAAACUUGAUUUUACAAAGGGAUUUUGAAAGCCUUCCUCCAAGUAUGAGUAAGGACAAUAGGAAAGGUUCUGGAGCGGUGUGAAAGUGUGUGUGUAUGUGUGUGCGCAUGCUCUUCUCUCUGGUGUUAAUUUAUUUUAUCUCUGUUGAAAUGGUUACUGGUAACUAGGGUCUUCAGCACACUCUGACUCGUUGAGGAGCGGGUCUUCAGGUUGAUCACUUUCUGCUGCUGUUAAGCUGCAUGGUGAGGCUUGUAACAGUUGACUGAAAAUAUUCGGAAAGCACCAUUUCUUAACCAUCAUCUGCAGCCUUCGAACAGAAGUCUAUCAUUAGGAAUUUCUAAACAUUGUGGCUUGUUUGUAAUUCAGAUAUUUACAGUUUUUUUAAAACACAGUUUACAGUAUAGAAAAUAUGGUAUUGACUAUAUUGGGGGAUACAUUAAGUAAUAUAUUUUUAGUUAAAAAGUUAAUAGUA